GACCCAGAGAUCUCUUACAGCGACUCCUUGCCGUCAGCUUGUAAGAGCAGAAGCGGCGAAAAGAAAAAGCGCAGAAGCGGCGGCGCAACGGCAUUUAAGUCGUUUUUUUUCCCUUCUUGAGAGAAAACAUAGUUUGAAAGAGCAAGAAAUAUGCGUGAGUGUAUCAGUAUCCACGUUGGCCAGGCUGGUGUCCAGAUCGGCAAUGCCUGCUGGGAGCUGUACUGCUUGGAACAUGGCAUCCAGCCUGAUGGUCAGAUGCCCAGUGAUAAGACCAUUGGGGGUGGAGACGAUUCCUUCAACACUUUCUUCAGUGAGACAGGAGCAGGAAAGCAUGUUCCCCGAGCUGUGUUUGUGGACCUGGAACCAACUGUGAUAGAUGAGGUUCGUACCGGUACUUACCGCCAGCUCUUCCACCCUGAGCAACUCAUUACUGGGAAAGAAGAUGCGGCCAAUAACUAUGCCCGUGGUCACUACACAAUUGGCAAGGAGAUCAUUGACCUGGUUCUGGACAGAAUCCGCAAACUGGCUGACCAAUGUACAGGUCUGCAGGGCUUCCUGGUCUUCCACAGCUUUGGUGGUGGCACCGGCUCUGGUUUUACAUCGCUGCUGAUGGAGCGUCUGUCGGUUGACUAUGGCAAGAAAUCCAAGCUUGAAUUCUCCAUUUACCCAGCUCCCCAAGUGUCUACAGCAGUAGUAGAACCCUACAACUCCAUCCUAACCACCCACACCACCUUGGAGCACUCGGAUUGUGCUUUCAUGGUGGACAAUGAAGCCAUCUAUGACAUCUGCCGCAGAAACCUUGACAUUGAACGACCCACUUAUACCAAUCUGAACCGUCUCAUUAGCCAGAUAGUGUCCUCCAUCACAGCCUCCCUUCGCUUUGAUGGUGCCCUGAAUGUUGAUCUGACUGAGUUCCAGACCAACUUGGUGCCGUAUCCCCGUAUCCACUUCCCAUUGGCCACCUAUGCCCCAGUUAUCUCUGCUGAGAAAGCCUACCAUGAGCAGCUGACAGUAGCAGAGAUCACCAAUGCUUGCUUUGAGCCAGCUAACCAGAUGGUCAAAUGUGACCCACGCCAUGGCAAGUACAUGGCCUGCUGCCUCCUUUAUCGUGGCGAUGUGGUGCCAAAAGAUGUCAAUGCAGCCAUUGCUACUAUCAAAACCAAACGUACCAUCCAGUUUGUGGAUUGGUGUCCAACUGGUUUCAAGGUUGGCAUCAACUACCAGCCUCCCACUGUGGUACCUGGAGGUGACCUGGCCAAGGUACAGCGAGCUGUAUGCAUGUUGAGCAACACCACAGCUGUUGCUGAAGCUUGGGCUCGCCUGGACCAUAAGUUUGACCUGAUGUAUGCUAAGCGUGCCUUUGUUCACUGGUAUGUUGGUGAGGGUAUGGAGGAAGGAGAGUUCUCAGAAGCCCGUGAGGAUAUGGCUGCUCUGGAGAAGGAUUAUGAAGAAGUGGGUGCUGAUAGUGCUGAGGGUGAAGAGGAAGGAGAAGAGUAUUAGAUCCUAGUUAACACUAAUGUUGUCCUGUUUGUUUCCUUUUAUUUGUAUUCUAAUUCUGUGCCUUGCUAUUCUCCUGUGAAACAUCUUUAAUAAAAGUUAAAGCUUUGAAAUGA